GAUUGGUCAGUAAACGCUUUUAAAAAUAUUCCGCGGUGACUUUGUUGUAACGUUUCAAACUCUUCACUCCCAAGAGUUUGCACUGUUUCGCGCACCCAUUUGAAGCCAUCAUUCGCGUACUCAGUUUUGUGGCAGUUUCCAAGCUUGUAGCGCAUGUAAAUGUUAGCGUUAGCCAGAAGGACUUCGAGUCGAAUCAUCCACAGACGACAUGAAGUGUAUGAAAAUCGAUUAUUACAUCAAGCGGACGGCUUCGGCCAGCGAAACGCAGCUCUUAUUUCAAGACCUCGAGAAACUUGUCAAGAGUGGAGAUUGGAUUCUUGGGCGCACACAGUGUGACAGGAUCAUCAGAGCCUGUAACGCUCAACUUGGACUUGAAUCGUUGGAUUUUGGUCACAUAAGCCAGUUGAUAAAACUUGUGGAGCUCGCCAUUCAUGGCUAUGACAUUAAUACUCUUCCCCAAAAUAGUCCACUAUAUAUGGAAAAGAUCAUGAUCCAUAUAAUCAAGAAGCUAAGCUCUUUGCAGGUCCACAGUCUCUGCAGCAGUGUUGCGGAAUUGCUUUAUAUCAGGCUUACAUCAGCACAACCGGGUGAGGUCUAUUAUGUUGUUGUCCGGAACUGCUUUUCCAUCUUGUGGAAUGGGGUCUCUACUACCACGAAGAUCCUCAAUCCCAAAGACAAACUCCAGUACCAGUUUCAAGCCCUCAACUUCCUUCUGUUGUUGGACAAAGAGAGUGCUAUUCCUUCCAUUUCCAAAGCUCCUAUAUACACAGAGGGUUCAGUCAGUGAAUUUGCAAAAAGUUGUGAAGUAGUGAGCGAAGAGGACGCGUCGUUUGUUCUCCAUGAAAUGCACAGCCUUUUCUCCAGAUGUUUGAGUGGGAGUCAAGACUGCAAGAGCAAUGGGUCCACGCAGUGUAUUGAUACAUCAAAUAUCUACACGCUUCUUGAAAUGGCGCUUGUUAUCGUCAAGAUGCUGUGUAAAGCUGGGCAUCAUUGUCAGGCCUCCAUCUUUUUGAAUGAAAUUGGAGUCAAUUUUAGGAGUAAUGCUGCGGCUCUGGAGCUUGGGAAACUAGCAAUUAAAAUCCACUCUACGGUGACUCCUGAUGAGCGAAGUGAUGAGAUUUUGAGAGAGUGUACCAGGGUAUUGCGAUCUCUUCCCCCUGGCUUGGGUGAAUGUGAAGCUCACUCUGUCCUGGAAGGAUGUGGACUGCUAGUCUGGGUUGUGGAAGACCGCCAUAAGAAAGGAUUUACUGGUCCUGUGCUUCUAGCCUGGUUUUCUUUUCUUGAGGUGCAUCAAGACCACAUCAGAAUGAUCCUAAAGAAGUUUGACUUAAAAGGUGAGUCCAACAGACUGCAACAGGCUCUUUGUUUCAGUAUUUACCAAGGCUUUGGAUUUGCCUAUGAGAGCUUGCUUGAGUCACAGCUGGAAGACAGUGGUACCCUGGCCAGAGUGCUGCUCUACUGCCAAGCCACAAUUGGACACAUGAUGACUGAAAUGCACAAGCUGUCAAACGAAAACCUUCUCAUCAAAGCAGUGAUUGCAGUGAGCAACUUUACCUGUGGCUUGUACAAUCUCAGUCUGUAUGAUGAGGCCUUCACACUUCUUGAGAUCCUGUGUCAUGAUCUAAGCAAGAACUGUCCUCCUUCACUCUCUGUUGAUAGGUUGAACCGGCCCUUCAUGCUGGCUGUGCAGACUUCCCGAAAAACAGGACAUCUGGAACGAGCGCUAGACUGGGUCAUCUCGUGGCUGAAGGCCCUAGGAGAUAAAAUGGCUUUGCAUAAAACUGAGCCAGUCUCUUUGUGGGUGAAAACCAAGAUCGAUGCCGCACGUAACUCUGAAGCGGAUAUACGACUCAGGACUAUACGCGAUGGUUUUGGUCCUGACAUUCCGGAUGAAAGAACUAUGCUGUGUCUUUUGGAUGAAGAGCUGCGUCUCUAUAAGGAGGAUCCAGGUGACACCUCCCAGGAACGCUACAACACUCUUUGCGAUCUGCUUGACAUCUGUCAUGAAGAGAGCGCCCACACUCAUCUGCGUGCUGUCUACCUCUGCGAAGUGGCCCAGGUUGUUUGUUUUCAGGACUUCAGUGAACAGACUGAUUGUAUGGCUGUUGAUUUUACCCAUGAAGCUUUACGGCUUCUUGAGGAGGAACCAGAGUUUCCAGAAAACGCAAACCAGCUGAAGGAUGACAAGGCCCAUGCUUUGCUUUGGCUUUUUAUUUGCACUCUUGAGAAGAAUCUUCAAGAGGCAAUUGAAAGGGACGUAAAGCUUCAAGAGAUGCGCAAGCAUUCUCAGUGUAUUGAAACUCCGAUAGGCACUAAUGAUCUUGAUUAUGAAAAGCAGAAGAAUGAGGACAUCUUGGUAUGCGAUGGCCUGCAUUUCAACUUGGCUGGACAGAAUAAGUUAUGCCAACCUUUAGGACUAGCGCUGACUGAGUGGGCCACUCUUCUGCGCUCUGACGUUUUGCCUUCUUUAAGGAACCCAAAACAGACGAGUAAAUCUAUUGUGAUCACUGCAUCUCUCUUUCAAUUAAUGGGAAAGCCUCUUCAAGCUUUGGAGGCAUAUCAACUUGCUAUUGAACUUUCCCACCAACUUGCUGACACCCAAAGUUGUGCGUAUUCCCUCUGUCACUCGGCCAGCGUCUUCUUGGAACUGGGCUGCACUGAAAUGGCCUUGACUCAGAUUGAACGUGCAGAAAAAAUGGUCACCACUGAUAAAAGCAUUGAAGGACUUUCUUCUCUCUCUCUGCUCAUCAUUUUGUUGAAAUCUCAGUGCUGUUACAAUGCAGGACUGGUGGAAUGUGGUGUUUCCUAUCUGUGUGAUGUGCUUAAAGAGGCCAGUGAGCAGAAACGUUCCAAGAGCUCGUAUAUGUUAAGAGCUCAAGCACUCCAGACUUGCAGCUCCUACCUCAGUUUGGACGCAAUUUCCUUGCCACAAACCCAACGGAGUCGUAUUACACAGCUUGGAUAUACAAGCCCAGAUACUGUGUUGUGUGAAAGCCUGAAGCUUUUCAGCAGCCUAGUUGUAACUUUUGUAGGGAGAGGCUUGUAUGGGGAUUAUAGAAGUGGCUCAGAUGUGCGCUUCAUUGACACAGGAAGUAAUCUUGUGUUUAAAUGGCGGCUGCUGUCUGAACUGUUGACCUGCUCAAUGAAAAUGAUCGCGCUGAGAGCCAGCUGUGGUGCCAUCAAUGAUGCUAGACUUCAGUGUCGAGAAGCCCUGAGGCUGUCCAUAAAGUUGCAAGCACUGAGCCAAUGUACUGAGCUGUUGGUGGUGAAAGCGGAGUUGGACUUAAUGCAAGGAGAAAUAGCAGAAAGUAAAUUUGAUUUAGACAAAGUCAGGAACCUUCUGGAAAUUAACACAGAUGUUUCCGAUCCAGAGUGCAAGUCUGAGGUUAAAAUCAAACCAAGAAAAGGCCGUCCAUUACAGAAAGCUUGUUCUCCGUUGCCUGUUAUGGAGGAUGACCUGAAGGACAUUCUAAGCACAAGAUGGACUGUUAAAGAACCAAUUGUGAGAGAUCAAGCCAGCUCUCCAGUACUCAAGGCCCAACCUCGUCGUUGGCUGUCAUGCCUCACACACAAACAAACGUGCCAGUGCCCCUGUUGCUCAGAGCCCCUCCUGGGCCGUGUUACCGCCCGCUGGGCAGCUGCACAGGCUCAUAUGGUUCUCCAGCUGGACCCUUCUGAACCCAAAGUGGGUUUUAAACUUCACUGGGCAACAUUAGCUCGUUGUAAGAUGAUCACUGGAAAACUUGAAGCUAAAUUGGCAGAGUUCAUCCCUCUUUGUGGCCCUGUAAAAGGGUCCCCUAAGGCCUCUCUUAUGUAUGAUCUGGUUGGCCGUGCGUACCUUCACAUGGCUGUUUCUAGCCUUGAACCCAGUCACAGUAAGGUCUGCAGCAUAUGGAAAGUACUUGAGGCUGGUUUAACCUUUGUUGAGUCAGUGUCUUUGCCUGAACUCAGAACUGUGAAAGCGGGUCUCAUGGCAACUAAAGCCCUUGUGUCAUUGGUUACUUUGUCUACCAAAAAGGACUGUAGGCUAGAGGAACUUUUCCCAAAUGUGUGGACUUUCAGGUCACCAACACAAACGAAAGUUGGGAAAUCCCACCAAUCCUCACUCAAGGAACAUAAAAGUUUGUCUAUGUCUGAAAAAAAGAAGCCAGUAAAGGUAUCCAAGCUAAAGAUCCAAAUCCCAACCUCCACAUCCAAGGGGAAGGGUUCAGGUCUCACGACUCCAGUUGUGAUUCCAAUGACUCCGUUUUCAAAGACUCCAGUGCUUCAGUCAAAGUCAUCUAAAAGAGAGCUCAGUGCUUUUGACUUUAACGCAGUCGUACCCACGUUCCCAUUUACUCCGGUUCAGAAAUCCACAGUGCAGACGUCACAGAAAACUGCCUCUAAGCUGCAGUUUCAGGUGUUUGAUGAGUUCCUACCCACUCAAAAUAAAGUUCAGCCCGUACCCGCUGCUCCAAGACGCAUUAAGAAGUCUCGUUUCAAGAUUGACUUUAGUGAUGAGAGUGAUGGUGAGAAUGAUCCUCAGCAAGAGCCACUUGAAAAACUGUGCCCAAAGAAAACCACAAGACAAGGUACUCUCAGAGGUAAAGCUACGUCGGCUACCUUUUCGAAGAAGAUUCUACCUGCAAGGCAGGCUAAGAGUAACAAGAGCUACGCACUACCUCGAGACACCUCAUCAGAAGAUGAAACUUUGGUGUAUCGAGCUUCCUCAAAAAGACGAGGAAGAGCCAGAAAGGUGUCGGGCAAAGCGUUGGAGUUAGAGGAGCCGGACAAAAUGAGGUCCAUUGGGGAAGAAACUGAUGACGUUCUGGACUUGACCUUUGAGUAUUUGGAUACAUCGGACGCUGAAGCAAAAGACCUUGGCACUUCAGACCUGGAUUUGGAAGUGUUGCGACGGGAUUUGUGUUCCAAUUUUGAGAUGAAUGACUUGUUUGACAAGAGUCUACAUAAAGCAAGAGGCCUUCAACCACAUAAUACUCAUGUCGACCCUGGGAUGGACGAUCUUUCAUUUGAGGAUAUUCAGGUGUUACUCCGGUCAGCCUGGCUGGCCCUUCAGCACUUCCCCCCUCUCUCCAUUUUUCCAACCAUCUGCGCCUUUCUGGCACUAUCUAUUGGACACCAGGAUCCCACAGCUACUGCAAUGCUCCAUUGCCAGUCUUUGGGCAUCACAAGCCGGCAUCGGACUAUCAGACACCUAGCGAGCUCUCGGAAAAAGCUGAAAAAGGCAUCUAGUGAGCUAGCAGAUCAAAUGGACAACCUAACGCUAGAUGAGUCUAGUCCUACUACUCCUACAGACCAAAGGUUGUCUCAGGUGGAAAACAUCUUUUCCUUUCCAACUGCUGAUUGCUCAGCCUUUCCUCAAUUCCACUCGCAAGAGUUUAUUCAACAAAUUCAAUACCUUCCUUCAGGUGUGACCGUGUGUGUGAUGUCGGUGCUUGGAGUAAAAGCUGGGGAAAUGGGUGAAAGUAUACUACUGUCCCGUCUCGAAAAGGGAUCGGCUCCUGUGACUGUACACAUUCCUACCUCCGCAGAGCCGCUUUCCAUUAGACAACUGGUCAAGGAGAUGGACAGUAUUCUGGUGGAUCAAAAGGCUCUGUCCAGUAUUUCUGAGAAAGAGCAGUGGUGGGAGGGCCGCAGGGCACUUGACUAUCGAGUCGAGCAAUUGCUGAAAGAGAUGGAGCGAUUGUUGGGAUGUUGGAAGAGCCUGCUUCUGCCUCUUUCAUUGGAUACCAAGCUGUCAGCUCGGGCCCAGCACCUUUCCAAGAUUCUGUGCGACAAGGGAGUCAAAAACAGCGAAGUUAUAAUAAAGAGUCUCCUUUCUGCAACGUCCGUGGUGCCCAAAAAAGACUUGAGAAGCUUUGCUCUGGGAGUUUGUCCUGAUUGGGAUGAUGAAUGUGAGGCGCUCUUCCGAUCAGCUGUUUUGCAGGUUACAGAUGAAGAGAAGCCUUCUGGUCAUGUAGUUCUCAUUCUGGAUAAGUAUCUUCAAAGGUUGCCCUGGGAGAGCAUGUCCAUUUUAAGGUCCCGCUCUGUGAGCCGCAUGCCAUCUCUGCAGUCUUUGAUUGGACUGUGCAUUCAAAAAGAGAAUGACUCUCACUCUAUCUUGAAGCAUGGUGUGGACACAAAGAAUACAUUUUAUGUUUUGGACCCUGAUGGCAACUUAGAACACUCACAGCAACAAUUCAAAGAGUGGUUCCAAAGUCAAUCGGAUUGGGAUGGCGUCUGUGGACAUGUUCCAAAGUUGGGACAGCUGGAAGAAGCCGUUGCAACUAAGGAUCUAUACGUUUAUGUCGGGCACGGUGCAGGUGCACGAUUCCUUGACAGCCAGGCGGUCCUCACGCGGCCAAUGAGAGCCGCCUCUCUGCUCAUCGGCUGCAGCAGUGCUGCUCUGGCAGUACGAGGGGAUCAGGAGGGACAAGGCAUCAUCCUCAAUUACCUCAUCGCAGGCUGUCCCUUUGUUUUGGGAAACCUGUGGGAUGUAACUGAUCGGGAUAUUGAUCGCUUCACAAAAGCAUUGCUGGAAUCCUGGUUAUCGUCAGAGUCUGGGAGUGCCCUGCUGGAUUAUAUGGGCCCUUCACGUCAGGCCACGCAUCUGAAACACCUCAUUGGAGCUGCGCCUGUGGUCUAUGGUUUGCCAAUCCAUCUGCGGUAGUGGAACGCACUAUUUAAGAUGACAUGCAUCUUUUCUCUCAAGCGUAAAUAUUUUUGUAAAAUGGUCCUUUAAAAUAAGUGUAUGAAAUUUGACCUAUCCUCAACACUUUUUUGUAGUUUUGAAGAACUAAAAUAUUAAUUUGUAACUUUUUUUUUUUUUUUUAAUGCACUUUUAACUGGCUGUCUGUCCCAGACAACAGUAUAUUGUUGUGUGUGAUUGUGUGAACUUUACAAAUGUUUUGAAUACAUUAUAGAAUGUGACGCUGACUGCUAAAUCCAUUACAUGGUGUGCCAACCUGGACAUUUCAUUAAAAUGUUUUAAUUCAUAUAAUUUGCAAGUUACAACAAGUUCAUAAUGAACUCUG